CCUCCGCUAUUAUCACAACACAGAUCAGACUCGGCUGAGGAAAAGUGCGUUCACUUUACUUCGGAGCAAAUUCUAUCUGUUCGUGUUUUAAACGUUUUCAUCGCGUUUUUUUCGUUAUAAAGUUUAUCGUCGUUUGUUCAGAAUGGUUAAAGUUUCUUUUAACUCCGCGUUGGGACAGAAAGAUGUGAAAAAGGACGCCGAAACUCUUAUUCCCGAGGAGGACAAAGAUGCAGAGGCAGCCCUCGUGGUGCGUCAUCAGUCCCGGGCCUGGUGUUGGUGCAUGUGUCUGGGAGUGGCCCUCAUGCUGUCUGGAGUGGUGGUGGGAGGAGCUUACCUGUACCAUAACAUGAUGGAGGUGAGCAGGCAGCACCAACGGUGGUGGGACAUUUCCUCCGACAGCAGUGAGCAGGAGGGCGAAGUGUAUUUCUGCGGGGUGAACUACCGUGAGGAGGACUACAUGAUCCGAGAGGACGAGGAGGUGGAGGUGGAGCUGCCGAACCAGUACCAGCUGCGUCAGCUGGAGGAGAGGAUAAGGGUGCUGGAGAGGGAGCAGGUGGAGCUCAUUAAUGUCCCAGUACCAGAGUUUGAUGACGGAGACCCCGCAGACAUCGUCCACGACUUCCAGAGGAGGUUGACUGCCUACCUGGACCUGAGUCUGAACAAAUGCUAUGUCAUCCCACUCAACACCUCCAUCGUCAUGCCACCAAGAGACUUCCUGGAGCUGCUUAUCAAUGUUAAGGCUGGCACCUACCUGCCUCAGUCGUACCUGAUCCAUGAGGAGAUGAUCGUGACCGAGCGUCUGGAGCAUGUUGACCAGCUCGGAUAUUUCAUCUACAACCUCUGCAAUGGCAAAGACACCUACAAGCUGCAACGCAGAGACAGGAUUCUGGGCAUGCAGAAGCGUGAAGCUCUGAACUGCCACAAGAUUCGUCACUUUGAGAGCAAGGCGGUGGUGGAGACGCUGAUCUGUGAGCCUUAAGAGGCCUGGACGACUCCCAGCUGCUCUUACGGUCACGGCGUGCAGUGAGAUUUGUGUUGUUAACCCUCAGCUGUCUCUCUUUUUCUAUCUUUACUUCAGGUAGUCGAGUGUGUGAGAGGAGUGAAAUGUGAAGCUGUUUGAAUUUUCAGUGAUUGUUAAAAAUAAAAGAGAAAAGUCGUGUAUUUUUUCACUUUUCUGUACGGGGAUCUCUUUGGAAACUUUCAGACAAUAACUAGCUUAAAGUAGGCAUAAAAUCAGUAAAUUAUUUUAAUCAAAAAUGACAAAUAUAGCAUGAAAGUUUAUUUUAAUAGAUGAUGAUAAAUUUAGUUUGUUUUUCUCUGAGUGGAGCAGAAAGGGUAGCAUUUGUAACAGCUCAGUCCAGGGAGCCUUUUUUGUAUUUUUGUCUGCUGUAGUUAUUAAAACACUGCAUCUGUUUAUUCUUAACUGGAAAAUGAUCUUUAUAUGCACCAGUGUGGAUGUCUGCUUCUCUUGUUUAGCUUUAAGAAAAUAAUCGCCAGCACAGAGAGGGUCAAGCAGUUUGGUUUCAGUCUUUUUCACCAAGGUUGUUGAUCUUUUUUUGAAUGUGUAAUUUUUUGGAUAACUCUUCUUGUACUAAUUUGUGUAUAUAAUCUCUUUAAAGAUAUGACCAGACCAACACAAUAAACAAAACAAUAAAAAACUAA